UCACCGAUUUCCAAAUGACGAGGAGAAAACACGUGGUACCGUACCACCUGGGUACCGAACCAAGAGCAGCCUCCUCCCAAUCCGUAGCAAACAGAAAACUCAGCAACAAGCAAACACGGAACACGCAAAGGGCCAAAACGGAACCGGUAUAUUGGCCAAAUUAAAAUCAAACUUCUUCGCAACAGCGAUAUGGAUUUCUUAAAACACUUUCAGUAUUUUGGCGUCGUCUUCGCGACUUCACUGGUAGUAGCAACCGCAGGCCAACAAUUCAACCACGACAAACUUCACUGGUCGUCCACCAACUUUAAAACCCUGCUGACCUGGGAGCCUGAGGCCGGUGACCCGUCCUACGACGUCGAAUACGCUGAGCAUGACAAGGAUUGGCUGUCUGCACCUAAUUGUCUAGACAUCAGAGAGACGGAGUGUGAUCUGACCAACGUCCUUGAUCCAGAGAAAUCCUAUGCUGCCAGAUUGAAGAAAACAAUAUCCACUGAUUGGUGGGGCACUUCUGACUACUUCACCCCCUACAAACAAAGUUUGAUCACAGCCGUGUCCUUCAGCCUCGACGCCCGCGUGGCAGACGGCAGUGUGACCCUCACCAUCACAGACCCUCUGACCGCCCUCUACAAGAACGGCAGUCUGCUCACCAUCAGAGACGUGUUCCAGAAUCAACUGAACUACAGGGUCAGCUACCAAAAGGUCGGAAGCACCAGAAAGAAGGAGACGGACGUGGACAGCAACGUGGCUGUAGUGGGCGGUCUGGAGCCCAACGAGGGCUACUGCUUCAGCGUGGCGGCCAAGGUCCUCACCAGAGCAGAUCUGGGGGCCUGGAGCCAGCAGCAGUGCUCCAAGGCCCACGGGCCCUUCCUCAACGAAACCACCACAGAGAGUGGAGCAGUGGCACCAUCUCCUACUACUGAGGAUGGGGGGAGCUCAAAUGGGCUGAGGGCCGAGGUGGUGGUGGGCCUGUGUCUGCUCCUCCUCCUGCUCCUCGUCAUCAUCAUCACCUCCGUCGUCUGCUGCCGUCGCCGCCGGCAACGCCGCCAACAGAGGACCGCUCAGAUGCUCUGAACCGCUUAGGACCGGUGUCCAUGUGUGUGUGUGUGUGUGUGUGUGUGUGUGUGUGUGUGUGUGUGUGUGUGUGUGUGUGUGUGUGUGUGUGUGUGUGUGUGUGUGUGUGUGUGUGUGUGUACGUGUGUGUGUGUGUGGGUGUGUGUGCGUUUGUGAGAGACAGCAGGGAGGGAGUGUGUGUACAGCUCACAGAGUCACUAACUUAAUAAUUACAGGACACAUUCAUUUGUCAGAUGACGGAGCACAGUUAUAUAUAAGAGAUUACAUCUGAUGUAAUCACCUCACAGAUCAUUCCUGUCUCGUGUGUGUGUGUCUGUGUCCAGAAAUGAUUACCAUGCAGGCAUCACACACAUGUUGCCUUGCAAUUGACCCUGUUUUCUAAGUAUAUAUUUUUAUAUUUUGUACCCAAUAAUCAUUAUUACAUUUGAGAUUGUGUUUUAUGUAUGAACUGUUUUAUAAGCAAGGAUUUUCCAAAGCAAUAAUAAAUAUGAAUUGUUCAUCUGUU